UAUUUGCUUUUUUUCCGGGAAAAAAAGCUGGAAUUGAGGCUAAAAUAUGGAAAAUCAUAAACGAGUUCUGUUUGAUGAGAUUGAUUACAAUGAUAAAGAAGCUUUAGAAGCAGCUAAAUUAUAUGCUGUUCGAGAAAGCUGGAUUCAAGCGAUGGAAUUACGACUAGUAAGAGAUAUGCUUGAUAAAUGUUAUAAAACAGAAGGAAUUAAUCACUAUGAAAACUGUAAAGAACUUUCAGAACGUUAUUGGAACAUGUUAAGACAAGGCUAUAAAGUUAAAGGAUAUAUGUCAAAACAACGAAUAAUUAAAGAUUCAUAAUUAUUUAUAGUUAAUUAUUGAUUUAUAGAUCUUUAAAGAUUUAAUU